CCGAUCGACUCUUCAGCUUCACAUUGCUGAAGAUGCUGCAGAUGGUGUCAGGCAACUGGUAGCAUCACUGUUUGGCCUGUUUCCUCCUCAUAUUCUUGCUAACUCCCAUACUUUUUUGUCACUCCUUUUUACUGUGUUUUGUAAUCACCAUUUCUCCUUCGGUGCUGCGGGUUCAUAUUUCAUCAUGCGCAACAGCUGUUCAUCAUAAUCGAUAGCCAGCUGUCUUCAUUAGCCACCUCCUUCCAAUCAGUCUAAUAAUUGCACUCGUGCCACAAUCAUGGUUUCAGAGGAGGUCUUCGAAUCAUGCCUGCCCAUCCUCAACAACGCUGAGGUCGACGAAGAAGAGAAGGUCGAAAAAGUGGAAGAGUUCCUCCGCGACAAGGCUGCAUUGACGGGGUCAAUUCUGGAAAAUGCUGUUCUGGACGUUUUAUGGCGCCAUCGGAACUCUCUAAAGGGCGAGGCCUCCCCUCCCCCGCUUCGUCAUACUGUCAUCCGCCGCUCCUCUCCAGCGCCGUGGCAGAUAACCCGUUCGUCCACUCCUCUUUCGUCUCCCUCCAAUAGCCCCGCGGUUCCUUCAGGGUUUCCGGUUCCUCGUGGCGGCUUUCCUCGUGCGCCCAGGUCAUUGACUGCCUCCCCCUUUACCUCGCCGCGCCCGUCACCCCGCUUGGCUUUUGCGCAGCCGAUCCCUCACAGUCCGAACCUUAACGCCUACGAGUUUGCCGAGCGCACUUCUAUACCGGAAUAUGGCGAUCUCGGGAGUGAUAAUGUCGAUUGGCUAGUGAACGACGAUGCCAGGAGCACCGCAUCGUCCACUGUUUUGAGCGGUGCGGCCCCAGAGUGGAUUGCGCCCGCUGACAUGAGCCCCUACGAUAUCCUAAGAUCGGUUCUGGGUGACCGGAGGUCCAACGACGAGAUCGAGGCGGCCCUGGCGGCCAAUGGAUAUGACCUUGGAGCGACGAUAGCGGCCCUGACGGAACAAGACGCACACGGCAACACUACAGCAAACAAUGAAGGUAGAAUUUUAGUCGGUAAAUCUAUGGCUGUGGAACAGACGCGGCCGUUGACCCCGUCGGGCCAGGCUCGGAGUCCGGUUGUCUGCAAGUACUGGUUAUCUACUGGUCAAUGCCUUCGAGCAGAUUGUCGAUUUAGCCAUGACUUGACCAACCAUAUUUGCAAAUACUGGCUGAUGGGAAACUGUCUUGCGGGAGACGUUUGUCCUUUCUCUCACGACCCAUCCGCCUUGGUAGGGAAUCUCAAUAUAAGUGAUAGCAGCGCCGGAUAUGGCAGCCCAUCCACCCAGCCACAGCAAAUGUUCUAUCCUCAAGAUAACUAUGAGGCCUUUCCAGCCUUACAGCCCGCGAUGGCCGACCAAUGGUCGACGUUUUAUCCCCAAAAGCAUUCCACUCAGUUCGUGUACGGCGUGAAUCAACAUCACCGCGGAAAUUCUCCCUCAAAUAUCAGAAAUAGGAAUAUGCUUCUUAAUCAAUCGUCACGCCCACAUUCUAGGCCUACAAGUCGACACCAGCAACGCGACUCUGGCGGUUCUGCUUUAUCAGUCGAUGACCCCGAGGCCUUUCCCACUCUCUCCUCCCUUAACCCUAAGGCAUCUGGGAAAAAGCACCACGGCAAGCGAGGCGGUCAUAACCACAAUCGCGAAACUAGCGGAAAUAAGGAAGGUUCUUCAAGCUCGCUAACGGACGCAGUUCGAAUGUCUCCAUCCUCGAACCAACGCAAAGGAACUCCCAAGAUUGCGAAGCCAGUCAAUGCCGGCCGCGAGAACAGCGCAGCUGCCCAAUCCAUCCCGACACCAAAGCAUUUACCAUGGCUCGAAUCCGGUCCUCGCGCAAACCCCCAAUAUCUCAAGUGUCGCACAGACGCGAUUACUCAUGGUAACGUUAGAAACAAGUUUCUCCAAAGUGCCGCCCAAGCUUGGAAUCGUAACGAUGCGCGGGCUGCGAAAGCCCUCUCACUCCGUGGCCAAGCUGAGAAUGAGGCAAUGAGACGUUGUUACCGUGAGGCUGCUCGCCACCUUUAUGAGGGCCGUAGCAAGAAUUCAGAUAGUAACACCGAUGACGAAAUCUAUGUCGAUCUACAUGGCCUUCAUCCAGGCGAGGCAAUCGAGUACCUGGAGAGUAUUCUUAAAGAAAACGCAAAACUGGAUCGUAAGCUGCUAUACGCCAUCACGGGCACUGGCCAUCACAGCAGAAAUGGCAAGGACAAAAUUGGUAAAGCUGUCAAAAACUGGUUGGACGAUUGGGAAUACGUCUACUGUGAAUUCAAUGUACCCAGCGAGCGAGGUGGAUACGUCGGCGGCGUUCUAGGCAUUGAUCCAACAAGUAGUGAGAAGAGUGGGCAUAUUACAAAGACCAAUGGAAAAAGUGUCCCGGAAGAAGAUAAGAAAACAGUCCAGGAUGAUGAAGCUGACAAUAAAGCCGGGAACUCGACACCAACACUUACGAUGGGCAAGAUACAGCUUUUGAAGCGAGACGAUUCCGGGAAGAAGUAGCUGUUAACGAGACUAUGGAACUCGACAAUAUGUGCCAUAGCCCGCGUGGCUAGAGAGGUGUCUUUGCCUCAGUUUGAUUACCGCCACUUGCCAUGAGCUUUUGGGCCUUGAAGCAAUAGACGAAAACCAGCCAUUGGGCUAUUGUGAUGCUCGGGCUUGGUUCAUCUCCAGUUUCCAUGGUCUUUUAUAGCCUAGACGUGGUAGAAUUUGGGAUUUACGGACUGCUUCGAAUAGGGUCGAGGCUGGUAAUGAUCGAGUUACCAUACGGGUGUCACGUCCCUCAUGACGGGCUAUAUUUGAUCUAUGGCUGGAAGGCUCUUUUAGGUUUUCAGUUCAGUUGAUAGGAUGUUUGGAGCUAUAAUGCUCAGAAUACAUAUUUGGUUAUGGUUUAUAGCUAGAAAG